GAUAUUCUACUAUUCGAAUACUUGAAGCCGGAUAUUGAAUAGAGGGAUAUGUUCAUCUGUUAUGCACAGGCAACACAGUACGACUCAUUUCAACUUAAUACAUCUUGUCUUAUAUUGCUAAACGUACAGACAACCUACCUAACUUUCGAUAUCGACUUUAACUGUGAAGAAGUCCUUCAGUUCGGCAACUACACACGGUUCCACCAGUCAUUUCCUUGACAUUCAGCAGCCACCAUGGUGAAGCAUACAGCAGCGCUAUGCAAGAACUUCGCCCUGGCAGCCUCGGCUUUCGGCAUUAUCUUGCCUUUUGUGAUGAGAUCACAUGGCUACGACCUACUGCGGCCUGUCACCCCACCUCAAAACAUGACCAGUUACGAGAUCGCCACAGUCGUCGCCCUGUCAUUGUUGAAGUGCAGCAUGGCUUGCUUUAGACUGACAGAAUGUCGCUCCUUCUUUUACGACGUCGCCGACGGCGGCUGUCAGCUCCACCGCACAGUUCAGGUGUCGUCAGCUAACAACAUGAAGUGGACGGUGUUCUAUGUUAGAGUUACUCCCUACUGGUGUCCUAGGGACUUUAUUCUCAGUCAAGGGAUGUGCCUGAAGUAUCAUACAGGCGCGAAAACCUGGCUCGAGGCUAAUGCCACCUGUACUCUCUACCCCGGAUACUCUAGACUGGUUGUCAUGGAUACGGAACGGAAGACCAACCUUGUCAAAGCGACUGGGAUUGCGUCGAAUCUUGUUUUCACUAAAGGUAUAUGGGUCGGGCUCUCUGACCACUCCUCACCACGAAGGGAGCUACUCUGGGUCGACCAUCAACCAUUUAAUGCUGUCAUCGAGUAUUAUGAUCGAGUCCCAGACGACGAAAACCUUUGUGUUAGAAUAGUUCGUGCUUUGGAUUGGGCGUUGGUUGUGUCCGUCUGUAGAAGACGUGUACAUUACAUUUGUGAAAUUGUUCCAAGCAGCGAGAACAUGGCUCUGGAACGACUUCUGCAGAUUCUAUAACAGAACAUUCCUCGGACAAUAUGCGACUGAAAUCAGCCCCGCUUCUAAUUGUAAAACAGUUUCAUCCUCGAUAUUUCAGUGUUUUGUUUCUCCACAUUAUGAUUUAUACCCUGGGCCCACGCACCAUUUUCGUUCCGUGAGUGACGUCUCCGUGUCACUAACAACCAACUUUUACAAGAACACAUAGUCCUGGUAAAUGGGAAGAUGUUUUUUCAGAAGCUUUGUGAAAAUAAGAAAUUUGGAACAUGUUUAAUGGCCAAUAGAUACACACAAAGUAUAAGUAUGAAGUUGAUCCAGUUCAAAAUCAUUCAUUAUAUUUAAACAAACAUCACGCCACCGAGCCAGAACAUCCGAUCCAUUUGGACGCCUCGAACCACCAGAAUAGGUUGCAGGAGAGCUUUUCCUACCUGGCAUCCCCACACUAUAUACAGCAGAGAGGAUGUACAAUACAGGUUCAUUGUCCCCCGCCACAGAAACCGUUUAAUAUUUUAUUACGAAACUUUGCAUGUGUAUCAAAAACAUAUUGAGCUGGUGUCUUUUGAUUUUUGUUGGUAUUUCUGA